AUGGAUGACCCAGAUAGAAUAUUUACGGAGCCUUGGGGUAAUGUGGGGAGAGAAAAUAGAGAUAAUUCGGGGACUAGGGCGUUUGUUGCUCGGGCGGAAGCUUUGUGUCAAGUGGCGGAGCAGGAAAGAGAUGGAAUUGAACUGGCUUUGCAAUGUAUUAAGGAAGGCCGCACUGAAUUGGAAGAGGCCUUAUUACGGAUGGAUCGGGCAGAAGAGGAAGUGCGGAUGGUUGAGUGUACAGUAGCCCGAGUAGAACGAGAGAUAUCUAACAAAAAACGCGCAUUGAAAGUGAUGGAAGAGAUAGUGCAGAGAGUGUGCGUGCCUCGAGAAGUGCUAGCUACUUUAGAAUCACCAUGGCUGGAGAGUAUGGAAGAAUUGCCAAAAGUAGAAGAAGCUCUGAAUCGAGUUAGUCGUUUGGAAGAAAUAGAUAAUCCAGAUAUGUUAAGUGUGCGUGCUAUUGCAGAGAGUCAAAAGCGAGGGAAACAGGCUAUAGAAAGCUUUUUGUCGGUAGCGGUUAAACACUUGGUCAAUGAAUGCGAUAAGAAUAAGAGUGCACGUAAAGAUAAGGAAGAACUCCAUGAACGGCUUAGUCGGUAUAACGUAGUGAUUAAAGAGUUGAUUAAACGAGAACGAAUGAAAGAAGUGGCUGAAGCAUACAGCAAGAGACAAAGUGAAGCCUAUCGGGAUAAAACUGCUAAGAAAAUGAAUGAUUUAGUGGCUACCUUUAAAAAGAUCCAACUAUUAUCUAGUUUGGAGGCUGAUCGGGCUAAUGAUAGUUUUUGGGAAGCCUUUCAAUGGAUCUUUAGUAUGGUUUAUAGUGAAGCAUACUUCCUGGCUAAGAUCCUCUUGCCUAGUCAGAAAGACCUUCAGAAAGAAGUUCUAGGCCUGGUCUUUCGUGAGGCUGAGCAGAGUCUUCUUAAUGGACUUAAAGGUGUUUAUGAGACCGGCUGGGCCAUUCUAGUUCUUAAUUUACUAGGGAGUAUUAAAGCGCACGAACAAACAGCUAAGGAGAAGACUCAGCUGGGCGCUAGUAUGGCUGAGAUUGAGAUUUCAGUUAUUCAAGAUGCGAUCAAAACCUUCCUUCUUACCUUAAAAAGCACCUAUCUAGCCACUUUAAAGAAGAAGAUUACUAAAGAGUACAAGAAAGAAGGCUCACUUGAUCUUGAUAAAACAUACUUCGAUACGGUUGAAUAUUGUACAAUUCCUGAAAUCAACACUAAAGUGGCGACACUCAACCUUUUACACGCCCGAGCCCUAGCCACUAACAAAGACCGUAUGCUUGGCUUGAUCAAACAAGCAUGUGUUCUAGGUGCCAUUCAUGAAGACUUUCUCAAAGCCCGACAACAUUUUGAACCAGCCCUAGAAGAACAACUAGAUCAAGAGAUAAACGAACUGUCCAAAGACCUACUAUAUGAAGCCGAGCGCCGCGUCUUCGAAAAAGAGAAGUUAUCAAGUAUUGUCAAACGGGCCAAGGACACCAUGAGUCUUCUUGCUCGCAUUGAUGGCCCCUUUGGCUUCCGUGUCCAAAUAGACUUUAAAGACGCCAUUCUAACUCGGGCCAACUUCAAUCAGAAAAACGAGAUAGCCAAAGUCCUAACCGAAAACCCACCAGAGCCCACAGCAUAA